CCCGAAGUGGCAUCAUAAGAUCGUCAACACUGCACCCAGUUGUGAGGAUCAGUUACCAAAGUGCCUUUAUCCCGGACGGUCGCAAAAAUUUCUUUGCUCUUCAUCUCUAGCAGCAUCCUCUUGUUAAGUGUUUUGAUUUGCUGGUGUUUUAUCUCAAUUGCAAGUGCUUCUGAGUUUAAUAAUAGCGACGGUCAUCUUGGUCUUUGGAUACUACAAUAUACCCUCUAUUGGAUUACUGAUUUUGCAACAAGUGGACUGAUUUUUCGCAAUUAAAAAAAAAAAUUAUAAGGACUAGCUGGACUAUUUAAGGACAUUUAAGAACUUGUGACUGAAGAUCCCAAAGAGUGUUUAUAAGAUUUUCAGUGCAUCUGGAUUAGCAUUAGAAGGAGUUUGGUUUAAUAUUGAUGUGUCUUUAAAUAUGACUGUGACCAACAACUUUGGGACAAUGCAUCGGCCGUGUUUCAAUGGAUAUCCAUUUCAAGGUGAUAUGUCGACAGGUCAGGGCCGUGUGAAUCAACUCGGUGGCGUCUUCAUAAACGGUCGACCCCUACCCAAUCACAUAAGGCUGAAAAUUGUGGAAAUGGCUGCCGCCGGGGUGCGUCCCUGUGUCAUAUCGCGUCAAUUGCGCGUCAGUCAUGGCUGUGUUUCCAAGAUCCUCAAUCGCUACCAGGAAACUGGAUCAAUUAGACCGGGUGUUAUUGGUGGAUCGAAGCCCCGUGUGACAACACCGGAAGUUGAGCAACGCAUUGAGGAGUACAAACGCGAAAAUCCCGGAAUUUUCUCCUGGGAAAUCCGGGAUCGUCUUGUGAAGGAGGGUAUCUGUGAUCGUCCAUCAGCUCCAUCCAUAUCUGCCAUCUCACGUCUCCUGCGCGGACGCGAUGGUGAUGAUGACAAACGUAUGGGCAUGAGUGGUCCCGAGGGAGCCCUCAAGCCAUCCGACGGAGAAUUAUCGGACUGCGACAGUGAGCCCGGUAUACCGCUUAAGAGAAAACAACGACGCUCCCGCACUACCUUUACAGCCAUCCAGCUGGAUGAGCUGGAGAGGGCAUUCGAGAGGACCCAAUAUCCAGAUAUCUACACCCGCGAAGAACUUGCCCAGAGAACCAAACUAACCGAAGCCAGAAUCCAGGUGUGGUUCAGCAAUAGACGAGCACGGCUAAGAAAACAAAUCUCCUCGAGUUCAUCCGGUGGUCCUCCCUAUUCAGCUAUCAACAUGGCGAGCUCUCUACCCUAUUCUGCCAACUCGGCUGUACCUAGUUACCCCUUGAUGCCACAGCCUCUACCAGAACCGCCCAGUUUCGCUUCAACAGCUUCCCAAAUGCAUGACUUUUACUCAACACACCUUCAUCCUGUUCCGGGCCAUGGAACAUCCAAUCCAACAUCUUCAAGCCUUACCCACCCAGCUCACUUACACCAAAUUCACAAUCCAACCCCAAGCUAUGCUUUGCAUUCUUCACCAUCGCUGGCGAUUUCGUCAACCAACAGCACCAGCAUAAAUUCCAGUUCGAUCUACACACCUUCAGAAUCACAGAAUGCGGCCCUAAAUGGUUCAGCAACGAGCACGGCCUCUGCAACUGGAGGGAAUAACAGCCCAACAGCUGCAAGUCAUUUUCCUACUUCUGUAAACCUACCCCCUACGCCCAAUAGCCUUGUGACCAUGAUAGGACCAAAUUCCGGGAAUAGCAACAGCAAUGAAGCCACUACGGCAUCAGAAGUGGCCAUUGAAGGAGCAACUACUUCGCUAUCACAAAUCAGUCAGCAUUCACUGUACUCUCCUUGGAAUCCAGCCGGUCCUACAGCUACCCGGCCACCCCUAUCGCCCACGGACCAUCAUGGAGUUCCAGGAACAAGAAGUCCACUCUACCACAAUUUCAGUGGACUAUCCUUACACCACAAUCAGACUCCCUUCAUCCACCAGCAGAAUCUCACCGGAUACUCUUCCCACACUUCUGCUUCGCAGAUCGGCAAGAACUUCGGCAUGCAGCAAUUUUACUCGUCCUGGUAGUCAUCGCACCCAUUCCUUACUGAACUAGGCAAGCAAUUCCGUGAAUAGGAUAGGCGUAGAAUCAGUGUGUUGUGUGCUACGAGUAUUGCAUAAGAUGUUAAUAAUUAGUCUUGUAAAAAAAAGUUUCACUUUUCUGAGAAAAAUUCCUUUCCUUGAAAUAUGAUUUAACACCAAUAAUAAUAUAUAUUGUAAUUCAAAAUAAUCUUCAACAUUGUAUAUAUUAUUUUUUGCUCCUUCGCCUCUCUUAUAGUCCAAAUAAAUUAUAUUUUGAAGAAAU